AUGUCUACCAUCACCGACGCAAUCCUCAAAGACCAUCGAGAAAUCAACGAAUACGCCAACAAGAUACGUCAGGCCACCGAUGAUGACACUCGAGCCCGCUGGCAAAACCAAUUUACGUGGGAGUUGGCCCGUCAUUCCAUUGGAGAGGAAUUAGUCGUUUAUCCCGCAUUUGCAAAACACCUUGGUAUGCAAGGUCAACAAAUGGCCGAUUCGGAUCGCGCCGAACAUCAAACAGUCAAAGAAGCGCUCUACAAAUUCCAGAACCUCGCCUCCUCAGACGCAACCCUGAUUCCCACCCUGGACGCCCUCAUGAAGAACCUCAAUACGCACAUCCAAGGCGAGGAAAACGAGGAUCUUCCCGCGCUCGAAGCUGCGCUCCAGACUCAUGAGUCUGAGGCCAUGGCUAAAUCUUUUGGUCGCACCAAAGCUUUUGUCCCGAGUCGGAGUCAUCCGGGUGCGCCGAAUAAACCGCCCUUUGAAACGGUGGUGGGUUUGAUGACGGCGCCUAUCGAUCAUUUGGGGGAUUUGUUUAGGAAGUUUCCGGAUAGUGUGGGUAGUCCUAAUCCUAUACUGAACACUUGCAAGAACCCCCAAAACAACAAUCACACCAGAACAUCUCAAUCCAUGGACGCAAUGGCUCAAAACAUCCAUCCCCUCCAAGCAAUCCAGUCUGCAAUAGGCAGUGCAGGCGGUGAUCCUCGUGCUCUUCAAAAAGCUUCCCUCUUCAACAAUGCCAAUGAUGGUCCUGCAGCCAUCAUAGCCAAAGUAUCAGGCGUGCAGAGUGGAGGUAUGCGUGAAGACAAUGGUCCCUACUUCACCAGCAAUGAAGGGAUUCCAUUUCCAGACCCUGCGCAUAGUAAGAAUGUAGGAGGUUUGCCGUUGGCUAGUGAUGUAUUCUUGUUCCAGAAGCAGCAGCAUUUUAACCGGAACAAGAAUCUUGAGAGAAUGGUGCACCCUUGCGGUAGUGGAGCGUUUGGCUAUUUUGAGACGACGGCAGAUGUAUCGGGUCUGACUAAGGCCAAUUUCCUAAGAGAUAAGGGCGUGAAAACCCCCGUCUUCAUGCGCUUCUCCACCGUCACACUUGGACGUGAGUUUCCGGACCUAGCACGCAACCCACGCGGUUUCGCCAUCAAAUUCUACACCGGAGAAGGCAACUACGAUAUUGUUGGACUAAACUUUCCCGUCUUUUUCUGUCGAGAUCCCAUUCAAGGUCCAGAUGUCAUUCGCUCACAAUAUCGCAACCCCAAAAACUUCCUGCUGGAUUACAAUUCUCUCUUUGAUCUCCUCGCUCUCACCCCCGAGGCUAAUCAUGCAGGUAUGAUGUUCUUUAGCGAUCAUGCCACGCCCAAAGGCUGGCGCUUUGUCGAUGGUUUUGGCUGUCAUACUUUCAAGUGGGUGAACGAAGCUGGAAAAUUCGUUUACAUCAAGUAUCAUUUCGUGGCCAAGCAUGGCAAGAAGCAAUUCACGGCAGAGGAAGCCAUCAGGGUUAGUGGUGUAGAUCCUGACUACUCCAAGCGGGAUCUGUGGGACGCCAUAGAAAAGAAAGAGCUAGUGGAAUGGUCGGCUCAUGUACAGAUCAUGCAACCGCAUGAGGCUGAUGCAAAUACGCUAGGCUUCGAUCCAUUCGACGUCACCAAAGUCUGGCCCAGAGAUAAAUUCCCCAUGCACGAAUUUGGCAAGCUGGUGCUCAACAAGAACCCCGAAAACUUCCAUCGUGAUGUCGAACAAGCCGCAUUCUCGCCUGGAAGCAUGGUACCCGGUAUUGGAGACAGUCCAGAUCCCCUCUUACAAUUCCGCAUGUUUUUCUAUCGCGAUGCGCAAUACCAUCGCAUCGGAGUGAACUUGCACCAAAUACCCGUGAACUGUCCAUUUAUGGCCAGCUCAUUCAGCUCGCUCAAUUUCGACGGCCAAAUGCGCGUCGAUGCAAACCAUGCCGGAAACCCCCCCUAUGUGCCCAACUCAUUCAAGCACAAAUUCCGACCCGAUGUGGCCGAGGCCCCUUACACCGUGGCCGAUAAUGUGGUAUCUCGCAAAAGUCAUUUUUACCACGAAGGGAAGCUCUCGGAUUACGAUCAAGCGAGAGAAUUAUACACGCGGGUCAUGUCGGAUACACAAAGGGAUCACUUGCAUCAUAAUACAGCAAGUUUGUUACGCUUUGUCGACGCGAAGGUGAUUAAGGUGGGAUAUCUUGCCCAGCUUUGGAAUAUCGAUCCUCAAUACGCCAAAGCAAUCUAUGAUUUGCUUCCAGAGGAAUCAAAGACGGGUCCAGAGGGCUUCGAGUUUGUAGAGGUGCAGAAUAAGGCGAAGGGAGCCGAAUUGGCAGGAAAGGAAGCGAAGUUUAGGCCUAGUAAUGCGUCUGAGAGAUUGGUUGGGUUUUAUCCAGGAGAUAUUUAUAACGUUUGA